ACUAUCACGGUAGUAAGUUGUUUGAAAAUAAAAAAGAGAAAAAGAAAAAUGUGGUUCGCGGACUAAACUCAAACGUUGCAUGCAACUUGGUAUAAAAAACAUGGUUCAAGAUGUGAAUAUUUUAAACUUGAGAUUGAGAGGAGAAAUAAAUACUUAAAGUUAAAACAUUCCGUUUAUUACUUUUGGUCAAGUAGAAGAUAAAGAGAUUUAUAGACAUGUCUAAAAACCAGUGAGAAAUGUUUAUGGUGCACUUGGAUAUGACUGUUCCAACUGGUGGAUGUCAGCCUUCUUGGCUCUGAAGUUUAGUGUUGCUGCAAGUGUAACUUUUGCUGAAACAACUGAGGAAUUCACUGCAGAAAUCACUGUUAAGAGUUGAUGAUGGAGUACCAUGUGGGGGAGUUUGCUCCUCCAAUUGAUGGAGGAGAGAUGAAUCAGGGACAGUUCUCUGUUGGAAGUUUAGCAUUGGGCCAGGAAUACAUUUUACUGCAUAGCAUCCUUGCAGAUGGGGGCAACCAUUUUGGGGUUUCUGCUCUGAGCUUUGAUUUACAGGAGGAGUUGCUAUGGAUGGGGAACCAAGGGGGUCACGUGACAUCGUACUACAGUUGUGAUCUACAGAAGUAUACCUCCUUCCAAGUGGAUGCUACCAAUGAGAUCAAGCAGUUGGCAACUGUGAAUGCUGGAAUUUUAGCUUUGACCAGUGCUUCCAUUCGACUGUCACAACGCCGAGGACUGACAGUUUUUAACCACAGCUCAGAGCAGCUUCAGGAUCUACAGUGUAUGAUGGUCACUCAAUCAGAAACCUUGCUGAUGGGAGGGAACCAACCCCACUUAGUAGAACUGAACUUGGCCCGAGGAGAAGAAAUGAGGACUGUGGAUGUCGGUGAACAAGGGUGUAUCAUAUUGCGGCGACAUCCCCGCUUUGUUUGUGCAGGUGACAUAGGAGGGAAGGUGACGUUGCGAGAUCCUACAACUCUAAAAGUAGAGCACACCCUAGAAUCUCAUACAGGAAUGUUGGCAGAUUUCGACGUCCAUGGUAAUCAGUUGGUCACAUGUGGACUUUCAAGCAGGCACGGAGCUCUUGCAGUUGACCCUUUCCUGAUGGUGUAUGACCUUCGAAUAAUGCGAGCAGUUGCCCCAAUUCAAGUGAUGUUCCCUCCUUGUCUCCUUCGGUUCGUUCCUGCUUUUACUUCUCGUCUUUGCGUUGUAUCUCAGAGCGGACAAUUUCAGUUAGUGGACACAGGGUCGUCAACACAGCCAUCACUUUACAUUCACCAGGUAGAGACUGGAGGAGCCGUUCUCCUAACCUUUGACACGGCUGCAUCAGGUCAAGCACUUGCCUUUGGAGAUGCUGUUGGCAACAUUAACUUAUUUGGAGCUAGUGAUCAAGUGACAUUUAAUCCAUUCAGUCAGCCAACAGAAUUUGCUGAUCCUGUUGAACCUUUACACCCUAUUGAUAUUAACGAUGAGUUGACACCACUAUCUACCAUUCCAAUGCCCUACUGUACUGGGAAACUACUCUCUGAUUGGCCGAAGGAAUUGGUCAAGCCUGUUUACAGACGCACACCACCAAUUGAUCCUCAGAUCAUUAACUCCAUGAAGAUGGUGAGGUCUAUUGGAUAUGCUCCAAAUCCAGGAAACAGAGUAAGGAACCAGGUCCCCUACCCACCUGACAGGAGAGGUCGAAGGUAUAGAGAAACACCUAGAGAGUCUCCUCUACCUAAUGGGGAAGAAGAAACUGUUCCCCAACGCUAUCAGAAGAUUGAAAUUAAGUAUUCGAAGAUGGGAUUUGAUGAUUUUGAUUUUAACCUCUUCAACAGAACGUGUUUCAGUGGGUUGGAGGCUAACUUACCCAAUGCUUACUCCAAUAAUAUGAUUCAGGUGCUUUAUUUUGUUGAACCUUUACGAUGUGCACUACUUAAUCAUCUCUGUCAUCGAGAAUUCUGUUUAGCUUGUGAACUGGGAUUUUUAUUUAAUAUGCUGGACAAAGCUCAGGGUUUUCCUUGUCAGCCCAGCAAUUUUUUACGAGCUUUCCGAACUUUACCCGAGGCUUCAGCUCUGGGUUUGAUCCUUCCAGAUUCUGAUGACGCUAGAAAAAAAGCUAGCUUUCCAAGAUUAGUACAGAGUUGGAUCCGGUUUGUUCUGCAACAGAUUCAUUCGGAAACUCAACAGUUAAGUCCAGUAGAGAACCAAGGUGAAACGACAGAAAAGCUUCCAGAAAACGAACAUUCUUCAAUUGUCAGCAACGUGUUUGGGGCAAGCAUUGCCAUUUGUAAUCGGUGUCGAUGUGGAUCUGAAAAGGAACAGGACACAAACACUCUACUGUUUACUCUGGUUUAUCCAGACUUGUAUCUUUCUGGAAAUGGUCAGGAAAAGUCACCUAUACAGCAUUCAUUUGCCGAUGUUGUACAGCAUAGUUUAUCACUAGAACAGACAGUUACGGCAUGGUGUGACAAGUGUGUUAUCUACCAGCCUACACUUCAGACCAAGAAGCUGAAGUCUCUACCUAAUGUCCUUGUACUAAGUUGUGGAUUAGAUCAUGCUCCUGGUGCAAAUUUCUGGAAAACACAGAUGGAGCUGCUGAAUGAAAAAGAAGGUAAAAAUAUACCAGGUAAAGUUCCGGAAGUACCACUUUCUGCCAGAAAACCUUGUCGCUAUGCUAACAAUUGUACUAGACCUGACUGCAAAUUCUUCCAUGAGAAAGACAAGACAAAAAGUGUAGAGGAUCCUGGCUUCAACCAUAACUAUACAUCAUGGUUGCCAUUAGAGUUAAAAAUCAAACUGGAGCCAGAUGGAAAGGUCAAAGUCAAAGAAGGUGACAGCAAAGAAGAAGUAUCAAAGAUUAAACAGCAAGAACAAGAAGAUGACAACACUGAAGAAGAGAAUGAAGGGUAUGAGCUGUACCAGUUGACAGCUGUAGUUUCUGUUGUUCAGGAUCCUACAGAGCCUGGUGUGAAAGAUAAUAUUAUCAGUUGUAUCAAAGUGAGCCCAACUCACCAUGUUCGACACCAAGGAAGUGCCUGUAGCCAGUGGUACCUUUUCAACGAUUUCACUAUUCUUCCAAUUACUCAGUUCAGAACAAAUGAAAUCACUGGUACACAGCUAGACUACCAGCUGGAGAAAAAACUAACAAAACAAAUUAAAACACUGCAUUCGAAACUAGACGUUCAACGUCCAAAAGAUGAACAAAAUUAUUCAGAUGCCGAAAGAAAUUAUUUAGGAAUUGUGGAAAUACAUCCACAUACUAUGUUAAUACUAGUUACAUCUUCGGGGGACCGUUUUUCAUCUCUUUUAGUUCAAAGUCCCAUUGCAGCAGAUGUGUUUGAAGAGGAUAUUCAACUUGCAGCUAGAGGGCUCCACCUUCACUUCCCUUUUAAACCACUGGCACAUGAUGAACUUCCUUUUGCUGGAAUGUUGGUUGCUAUGGAUGCAGAGUUUGUAACUCUCAAUCAGGAAGAAGCGGAGAUUAGAAGUGAUGGAACUCGAUCAACCAUUCGACCUUCUCAGUUGUCUGUUGCAAGAAUAUCUUGUGUUCGAGGGGAAGGUCCGCAAGAAGGAGUACCUUUCAUUGAUGAUUACAUUUCAACCCAAGAACAGGUGGUUGACUACAUGACUAAGUUCUCUGGCAUAGAGCCAGGAGAUUUGGAUGCAUCAGUCUCCAAUAAGCACUUAACAACACUCAAAGACACAUACAUCAAACUGAGGUUCCUCAUAGACAUUGGAGUCAAGUUUGUUGGUCAUGGUCUAAAGAAUGAUUUCAGAGUGAUCAACCUGGUGGUUCCACCUGACCAAGUACGUGACACGGCUCUUUUGUUUCAACUUCCAAACAAACGAAUGAUUUCCUUGAGGUUUUUGGCAUGGCAUUUCUUGGGUAUAAAGAUUCAGUCGGAGACUCACGACUCUAUUGAGGAUUCCAAGACAGCCUUGUGGUUGUACAGGAAGUACACUGAGUUAGAGAAGGAAGAUAGGGUACAUGAAGCCUUGAAGGAGUUGUACGAAGCAGGAAGGGAUUUACAGUGGAAGGUUCCAGGAACGGACGACACUUGACCACUCAUCUGAG